CCGGUGCCAUGUACGGAAGCGGCGUGAUAAGGUUAUCUAAACGCCGAUUCGCGACCGCCUGCGAGGCGUUCCUGGAGGAUUAUGCCAAGCACCAUGUAUCCCUAUCCCCCCUGCAGCGUGUGCUUCUCACGAUGGGCUCGGCGGCUGUGUCGUUGGCGAAUCCGUAUCGAGGUGACAUGAUAGCGUGUCUCGGGGAAACUACCGGUACAAGCGCCCUCGUGCACUGUCAUCGACAGAUGAAGGAUACGAGCGAGGGUCAACGUAUACUCGCGCAAAAGCCGCGCGUAAACACGUCCACCGUCGACCUCUCUUACCUCAAAGACCUGCCGCCAGGAACCGUGGGCAGAACGUAUCGCGAUUUCUUGGACGACAACAAAGUCUCGCCCGACGAUAGACUCGCGGUGCAAUUCGUCGACGAUAUCGAGCUGGCCUACGUGAUGCAACGAUAUCGAGAGGUGCACGAUAUCUUUCACGCUAUGCUCCUAAUGCCGACGACGAUGCUAGGAGAGGUAUCGGUUAAGUGGGUAGAGGCUUUGCAGCUGCGUUUGCCGAUGUGCAUAACCGGUGCAAUAUUUGGAGCUAGUCGACUACGUCCUAGACAGAGGCAAUUAUACUUGAAUCAUUAUCUCCCGUGGUCUAUAAGUAGCGGAUUGAACGUGAAGUUCUUGCUAGGGGUAUAUUUCGAGGAGCGCUGGGAACAGUCCCUCGAGGAUUUUCACAGAGAAAUGAAUAUCGUACGCCUUGUAUAAAAUUAAGAAUAAAAUCCUAUCAUAUAUGCCAAUUUCGAAUAUGAUAUAAGUUUGUGCGAAAUAAGAAUUGUAUCUAAUUUUCAAGAUUCAAAUUUGAUAAAUAUGUAGUACUAAAUUCCAUACAAUGAGAUCAUUUAUCAAAUUUGAAUUUUAAAAAUUAUUCAAAUCUUAAUGCAAUGUGAUAUUAUUUUGUAUAGAUGUACCAUGAAAUGUCAUUUUAUCAAUUUUGUGCGAAAUAAGAAUUGUAUCUAAUUUUCAAGAUUCAAAUUUGAUAAAUGUAGAGAGUACUUACUUAAUUCCAUACAAUGAGAUCAUUUAUUAAAUUUGAAUCUUAAAAAUUAAAUUCAAAUCUUAAUGCAAUGUGAUAUCAUUUCGUAUAGAUGUGCCACGAAAUGUCAUUUCAUACGAAUCCAUACGAAUAUAUCCAUACGAAUUAAUAUCUCACUGAUUAAGAUUUGAAUCUAAUUUUUAAGAUUCAAAUUUGGUAAAUGAUCUCAUAUGGAAUUUAGUAUUCUCUACAUAUUUAUCAAAUUUGAAUCUUGAAAAUUAGAUACAAUUCUUAUUUCGCACAAAAUUGUAUCAUAUUCGAAAUCGCUAUCACUUUAUCCUAAUAAUUGUUGAUAAAGUUGUAAAUAAUUAGAUGGAAAAUAAAGUUCUGUUACCCUGAAA